AAUGUACAGGUUUUAGUGUAUUCGUUGAGGACAUUCGUAUUUCUCUCCCUUUACUUGCUCUUCAGCGACCUUGAAUUAUGGCAGCGCUCAGAUCUUCACGUUCAGUUUUCGGAAGUCUCUUGCAAAAGAACUUAUGUCCUGCGAUUUCUGCAAGGGCAAGUUCAGCAUGGGCCAAUGUACCUAUGGGGCCACCAGAUGCCAUUCUUGGUGUCACCGAGGCUUUCAAGAAGGAUACCAAUCCAAAGAAGAUCAACCUGGGAGUUGGUGCAUACAGAGGUGAUGAUGGGAAACCAUUCAUACUGGAAUGUGUGAAAAAGGCUGAGAAACAGAUGUUAGAUGAGGGACUAGACCAUGAGUAUGCCCCUAUAUCUGGGUUUCCUGCAUUUACAAAUGGAUCUGCUGCCCUUGCAUUUGGAGAUGACAGCCCAGUUGUUAAAGAUGGUUUGAAUGCCACCACCCAAGGUGUGUCAGGUACAGGGUCACUGAGAAUUGGUGCAGCAUUUCUAUCUAGAUUUUACUCUAGCAAACAAAUUUAUUUCCCCUCACCAACCUGGGGAAACCAUAAUCCAAUAUUCAAGGAUUCUGGAAUGAACAUUAGCACUUAUAGAUACUAUGAUCCCAAAACUUGUGGAUUUGACUUUAAAGGUGCAUUGGAGGACAUUAGCAAAAUUCCAGAGGGCUCAGUUAUUUUGUUACAUGCAUGUGCACACAAUCCAACUGGAGUAGAUCCAAAGCCUGAACAGUGGCAAGAAAUGAGUCAGGUAAUCAAGAAGAGGAAUCUGUACCCAUACUUUGAUAUGGCCUACCAGGGAUUCGCUAGCGGAGAUAUUAACAAAGAUGCUUAUGCUUUACGAUUAUUUAUCAAAGAUGGCCAUAAACUAUGUCUUGCUCAAUCAUUUGCUAAAAAUAUGGGUUUAUAUGGUGAGAGAGCUGGAGCAUUUACUAUUGUGUGUUCGGACAAAGAUGAGCAAGCUAGAGUUAUGUCACAGAUCAAGAUCUUAAUUAGACCGAUGUAUUCAAAUCCACCAAUCCAUGGUGCUCAUAUUGUAUCAAAGGUGCUGAAUGAUAAAGCUCUCAGACAGGAAUGGUUGGGGGAGGUGAAAGGAAUGGCUGAUCGUAUAAUUACAAUGAGGUCACAACUAAGGGAUGGUUUGACACGUGAAGGAUCCAGUCAUGACUGGCAGCAUAUAACAGACCAGAUCGGAAUGUUCUGUUUUACUGGACUUAAACCUGACCAGGUUGAGAGGUUAACUAAAGAAUUCUCUAUAUAUCUAACAAAGGAUGGUAGAAUAUCAGUGGCUGGUCUUUCCUCCAACAAUGUGGACUAUCUGGCACAUGCCAUGCAUCAAGUGACAAAAUAAAUUCACAAACAGUAGUGUUAGAUGUUUUUUUUAAUCCCUCGUAAAUUAUUUUUGGACUUAGAUCUUUUUUGAAUAACACUGAAUAUUGAGAACAUUGUUUUUACCUUUUUUGUUUGAUUUUUGGAUUACAUUUUACCGAGAUUGAGGGAUACGGGGAGCGCUGGAGUGGGGGGUGAAUUGAAACAUAUUUUUUUUUUUUGCUUGGUUCUUUUUAAUAGCAGGUUGUUUUUCUGAUGUAUAUUGAAUAUACUUUAAAAAAAACAGGUUCUAGUUCACAGUAGAGAACAUUUUGCAAUAUCUAGAAUUUUCAUAUUUGUAUUUAAAAGUAUUUUUCAGUUCUUUUAAAAUAAAAUACAUUGGAUUUGACCUAGGUAAAGGUAACAGGUUAAGACAAAUCUAAGUGAUUUACCAAAAAUGCUUAUUAUUAGUACAAGGAGGAAUAUGUUUAAAUUUUAGUUUCCUUUCUAUUUGUUACCUGGCAUAAAAGAAAAAGUUUUUUUUUUCUCCUUUCUUUCUUUUUUUUUCCUUUUUUGCUUUUAGUUGUUUAGUCCCAGGCAGUGUAUAUGUGUAAAUAAAGCUGUUCUUUCAAAUUUGUUGAAGAAUACUGCAGAUAUGAUUUGUAUUAAUCAUGGCAUUUCUUGUUUAUGUACAUUAUCACUUACUGCUUACAUAUUGCAGAUUAUCUAUAUUUUAUAACUGACACUAUGUUUAAUUUCCAACCUUUAUUUUAAGAUUUCGGUGCCAACCAGUAAUAAUUUUAGUGCAUAUUAAAUUGUAACUGAACCAAAUUUAGAAUAAGAUUUGUUUCAUAUAUUUAUUUUUUUACAAAAAAAAAACAACAACAUUGAGAUGGAAUUAUUUACUCAGCAACUAGGGUAAAAAAUUUAUAAGGAGUAUAUUCAAAAUGAUUUCAUUCUUUCAUUGUUAUAAGUUUUACGUUUAUGCUUUAACCACCAUUGUUCUUACUUAUCCUUUCAAACCUAUAAUAAACAGGUUUUUGUAAAUGUACAUAAACGUAUUACAAUUAAUAUCAACUUAUGGUUUGUACUGUAAUAUAUAUAUAACAUAACUAUAACAAUAUAUACAGAUGUAUUGUUACAAGAAAUUGAUAAAAGCAUAAUAAUUUUGAACAAGAGAAGAAGACUGCUGGAAUAAAUCACUUGGUUAGUUUGAUUGGAGAAUUUGUCAUGUAAUAGAUGGAGUUAUGUAAAUGUAAGAAUAAAAUAGGUAUGAAUUACGCUGAGUGGUAAUGGUCUUAGGACUAUUUUGUUAAGCUAGUCAGAGGAGCACAGAAAAGUGUGAAGGUACUGCUGGUACAAGAGGACAAUUUGAAGCAUGCACAGAGAGUCGCUUUUGUGAUUUUCUUUGAGGAUUUGGUUGAUUUUGGCCAUGUGCCAUCCAUCAUCAUUCACCACUGUUUCAAUGAUUAAGUCAAGUAGUUUGGCAGUUAUAAACAGAAUAUUGUUGAAUAACUGCAGGUCAGUAAAAUACUAAUUAAUCUUACCUAAUAAAACUAACACUGUCUAUAUCAUACCAUUCUGUCUUGUAUUUAAUUAAUAUCUUGUAUGCAACAGAUACAAAUCAAAAUGCUGCUGUUGACAUUUACAGCAUACUACAUGUAUCCUCCAAAUAUGUGAUGGUUCUUUUAUUGAUGGGGCUUUCUUUAGGGAUUCUUAUUUUCUCUUUUUUACCAUAUUGAAAAAGCAAUUGAAAUCCUGUUUGAUUACAUUUAGGAGAUAGAAAUUGGUAAAUAAGAUUAUAAUAGUGAAUUUGUUAUCUUUCUAUAAGCUAUGUUACAGUUAUUAUAAUGUAAGAUCAUCUAUCCAUUUAAAGAAAUGUACAAUAUAUUGUAAAAAUUGUUGAAGGAAAAUUAUCACUUGAUUAAGUUGUUUUAGUAUUAUUAUUUGAGUUUUAAAAUUUAAAUUCUUUUGAACUUUGAAAAUUGUCAGAAUGUAUGAGCAUUUAGUUUGAAAAAAAAUUAUGAAAGAAAGUUAAUUUUUUAACUUGUUAAAGUAUUAUAAAAGAAAGUUUAUUUUACUUAAGAAUUAUGUUAGAAAGUUAAUGUUUUAACUUAAGAGUUUCAUAUUUGAGACCUAAGAGUAGUGUAACAUUUCUUUUGAAUUCACCGUAUUUUUUUUUUCACCACUAUUUAAACAGAGUGAAAAGAAAGUAAAUUUAUGUUUAUUUUCAUCAGCUGUCAAAUACAGAAAUCAUAUCAAAACUUAUUUAUUUUAUAUAAUUUCUGUUUGAUAUGAUUUCUGUUGAUAAAAUAACAAAAACACCUGAAUACAAUAAUUCGGGCAUUGUAGAUUCUAAAUAUUUGAAAGCACUGUAGAAUAGUUCUUGCCACUUUGAUUGUACACUUUGUUUUAGAUCUGUACAUACAACUUACAAGUGCUAAUAUUUUAUUGUAAAUGUCUGCUUGCAGAAUAUCACUACACAAAAAUUUUUAUAUUGUAGAACUUUCAACGAUUAAAGAUAAAUAAAUAUAUUAUAACAGUAAA